UGGGAAGCGGUGGGUGCGAUGGGUUUUGAAGAGCGUGUGGAGUUGACAGCAUUGGAAGCGUUGGAGAGGUUGUGGGAGCUUUCAGCGAUGCUGCGGAACGGGAAAGCGAUGGGAAGUGAACGGAUGAUCAGCAGAUUUGGUUUUUAGUUGUGGAGGCAUUAUAUUAGGGAAAGGGAAAGCAGAAAGCAGAGAGAUAACAGGGAGCUUGAUUUGUGAUUGAAAAAAACAGGGAGGGUGUGAGCAGUGUUUGUUGUUUUUUAUUGUGUGUGGGUGAAGGGGGUGGUGGUUGUGGUAAUGGCAGGAGACAGUAGUAGUAGCACCUCGGCGUCGAGGGAGCUGGAUCAGACGCCAACAUGGGCGGUGGCGGGGAUUUGUGCGGUUAUGAUUAUCAUUUCUAUUGUGUUGGAGAAGGUUCUUCAUAGAGUUGGGAAGUGGUUUACAGAAAGGCGCAAGAGAGCUCUGUUUGAAGCUUUGGAGAAGGUUAAAGCAGAGUUGAUGGUCCUGGGUUUCAUUUCACUACUCCUGACUUUUGGGCAGAAUUUUAUUGUCAAAAUCUGUAUUCCUGAAAAGGCUGCAGACACUAUGCUACCAUGUCCCUACAAUGGUGAGAAAGACUCAAGUAGUGAGACUGAAAGUCGCCGGAGGCUUUUAUGGUAUAACCAUAGGCUUUUAGCUGCUGCUACCUACAGUUCUAGUUGCAAGGAGGGAUAUGAGCCAAUUAUAUCUGUCAAUGGAUUACAUCAGUUACACAUACUCAUAUUCUUUUUAGCAGUCUUUCAUGUCCUAUACAGCGCUAUCACAAUGAUGCUCGGGAGACUGAAGAUUCGUGGCUGGAAGCAGUGGGAGGAGGAGACUUCAACCCAUGACUAUGAGUUUUCCAAUGAUGCUGCAAGAUUCAGGCUUACCCAUGAGACGUCUUUCGUGAGAGCACACACCAGUUUCUGGACCAGGAUUCCAUUCUUCUUUUAUGUUGGAUGCUUCUUUCGACAAUUUUUCAGGUCUGUUAGUAGGUCUGACUACUUGACAUUGCGCAAUGGGUUCAUCACUGUCCAUUUAGCGCCAGGAAGUAAAUUUAACUUCCAAAAAUAUAUUAAAAGGUCUUUAGAAGAUGACUUCAAGGUGGUUGUGGGGAUCAGUCCUGUGUUAUGGGCAUCGUUUGUGAUUUUCUUGCUCCUAAAUGUUAGCGGAUGGCAGGCAAUGUUUUGGGCAUCCAUAAUUCCCUUAGUGAUAGUCUUCGCUGUGGGAACAAAGCUUCAAGCUGUUCUUACAAAGAUGGCUCUUGAAAUCACAGAAAGACAUGCAGUGGUCCAAGGGAUUCCGCUUGUGCAAGGCUCAGACAAAUAUUUUUGGUUUAGUUGGCCUCAGUUAGUUCUUCAUCUUAUCCAUUUUGUUUUGUUUCAGAAUGCGUUCCAGAUAACAUAUUUCCUGUGGAUAUGGUAUUCUUUUGGGUUGAAAUCUUGCUUCCAUAAUAAUUUCAAGCUUGUUAUCAUAAAGAUUGCUUUAGGGGUUGGGGUGCUAUUUCUUUGCAGCUACAUUACACUUCCACUGUAUGCCCUUAUAACUCAGAUGGGUUCAAACAUGAAGAGAUCGGUAUUUGAUGAACAAACAUCCAAGGCCCUUAAGAAGUGGCACAUGGCUGUGAAGAAGAGGCAUGGGGGGAAGGCAGGAAGGUCCUCUACGCAUCAAACCCUAGGUGGAAGCCCAACAGCUUCAAUGGCUUCAACAGUACAGAUGCCCGGAUCUGGACACGCACUCCACCGUUUCAAGACCACCGGUCAUUCAACCCGCACAUUCACCUAUGAGGACCAUGAAGUGUCUGACUAUGAAGGUGAACCAGAAUCACCAACCUCAUCCACAACCAACUUGAUAGUCAGAGUUGAUGAUAGUGAGCCAGAGACUGAACCUGUUGUAUCCCACCCUGAACAUGACACCAGCGGCGAAAUUGAGUUCUCAUUUGUCAAGCCUGCCCCGCAGAAAGGGCCAUGACAGCGACGGUGGUUGGGGGUGGGCAGUGGUAGCUUCACUGCACUUUUUGUUUACUUCGGAUUGUAGUCAUUUUUGUUACUUACAUGUACUGUGAGCCCAUAAUGUAAUUCUUCAUGAGCUAAUUAUUGCAUUGUAUUUUUGUACAUUGUCAUGCUUGUUCAUAAAACCCUAGUUUCAGAUCUAA